AUGUCCAAGAGUUUUGAACAGGACGGCCAGGCAAUCCAGCCUUUGCGUUUGAAGCCGAAAGACGCUGAGUUCUUGCAGGAGUCUUGGAAGCUGUUUCUGAACAGGGCUGGCGGUUUGGAACCUGCAGGGCAGGAAUUCUACCGACUUCUCUUUGAAAAGGAGCCAGAGCUCAAGAAGCUGUUCAAAGUGCCCGAGAUGUCACAGCAAGCGGCAUUCAUGCGCGCCAUGACAAGGUAUGUCUCGCUGCUGGCACAGCCAGAGCAGCUCAGGACUGCCAUUGAAAUGCUUGCCUUUAUGCACGUGAAUUUGGAUAUCUCGGAGACCGGGAUCUUUGCCUUUUCAGAAUCCCUGCUGGAGUGUGUGGAAGAUCAAGUCACCGACUGGGACCCCACGGACGUGGAAAGAGUCAUGGUGCUGCUCACGGACUUGACGGGCUACAUCGGCAAGGUCAUCGCGGCCGCCAAAGAGUCGAGUUCCGAAGUGCAGACCUUGUUGCGAAGUAGCUGGUUGCAAGCGCAAGAGAGGAACAUGCAACCUACCAAAACCAAAGAAGCAGAGACCGAUCACUUGGACUUCGUGCCUGAUGACUCGUUUACAGACAGCUUCGACAAGUCCGGGGAGAAGCAGAACCUGCCGGGUCUUUCCACGGAGAAGACGCCAAAGAAGGCCAUGGCAGCAGACGAGCUUUGGCGUGGCAGUGAGAUGGACACUCCAAAGACCAAUGGUGGCUCCACGCUGCCCACCAGCUUUCAGGAGAUGUUCCAAAUCAACGCCGCAGUCAUGGGAUACUCCAGGAGCUCCAGCACUUGGAUGCCCGUUGUUUUGGACUCGGUCGAGCGGAUCGUUUUGCAUGUGAACAGCGGUGGACGUAUCAAGGAGGAGACAAUGCUCUUGGCACUCAGGUGGAUUCGAGCUAUGCCCGGUGGCAACCGGGUGAGUUUGUCGGAAUUCAAAAGCUGCCUGCUGGCUGCCCUGCGCUCGACUUUACCACAAGUUUGGACACCGAAACACGAAGAAGCCUGGACCUGGCUUUGGGACAACGUGGUGCGCUCGGUGAAUCAGUACACCGAACGUACCAAGCCUUAUGAGCACGCGUUGUCGCAAGCCUAUGGCAGUUUCUCCGCUGGAAAAUUCCGGAAGAUCCAGAAGGAGUUCUUCACGGCCUUCUUUGAGAUCGCCCCGGUGGGUCAGAACUACUUCAAGCAGUCGCUGACGCGUCUCUUGUUCAUUGCCGACAAGGUGCUGAUCUUCAGCCUGGAGAUUUUACGGCAGCCCAAGAAGAUGGUCUCGGAAAUGUCCGCCUUAGGUUUGAAACACGUAGGCUUCGGCAUUCCAACGGACCUCUUCACACCCUUCAUCACGGCCUGCAUCAAGGUCUUUCGCAAGUUUUGCCCCAAAGAUCAAGCCAGCGAAGCCUUUGAAUGGGCCCUGAUUCUGGUGAGCGUCGUCUUGGUGCGGGCCAUCCAGGUCACCACAGUCACCACGAGGCAACGGGAAGUUGGCAAGCAGCUCUAUGAGAUACUCACCAACCAUGGAUUUGUCUAUGCCUUUGGCCUUCUCUCAUCACAAGAAAUCGCUGAAGUCUUCCGUGGUUCCAAAGGCUUCUUCUCGCCAUCCACAGACCGCAGCGCCUUGCCUCGCCUGACGCCGGCGACCAACGUGGGCUACGGUGCUGUGGGGAAUGAGGCGCUCAACGCGCGGCGCGCGGGGGAUAUCAAGGAGGCCUUCAACCUGCGGAAGGAGACACUCACAGAUGGCACGUUGAACUUCCAAGAGGGCUUCCCCAGCUACUGCCACCGGGCUUGGGAUCUCUGUGCUAUGGCCGCGCAAAGGGCGCUUUUGGCCUUCGGGGUGGCCCUGGGAUUGCAUGAGCCAGCGAUUUUUGCACGGUCACUCCGCACUUUUGACUUGUGUACCUUGCGGCUGCUGCGCUAUCCUCAAUCCGACGCUGGCAAUGGGUCCGCCUUACCUUGCGGUGAACACACGGAUUUCGGCUCCGUCACCGUGUUGUUAGUGGAAGAUGGGGUGCCAGGUUUGGAGGUGAGGACACCCACAGGUGGCUGGAUUUCAGCCCCUGGCAAAGAGGGUGCGGUCUUGUUGAACACCGGUGCUAUGCUGGCGCGCUGGUGCAACGAGCACGUGAAGGCCACGCCUCACCGCGUGGUGACGUUCCCGGGCCGGGAACGCUACAGCGUGGCCUUUUUUUGUGACCCGGACAAGGAGACCGUGGUGGAAGCCUUACCAGAAUUUACCAGGGACACACCUGCCAAGUUUCCUCCCAUCAAAGCAGAAGACUACCUCCAGCAGUGUCUCAAGGCUGCGAUGCACGGGGAGCUCAGUGAGGAAGCCAAGAAAUCCUUGGAAAUUUGUCACGCCCUUGCCUGUCCCGACUUCGUGUUGGCCAUGUUCGGGUCAUGUACAGAGCGUCGAUCCACAGUGGUCAUGACGGCCAUCAACGCCAACAACGAGAAGGCUCUGCAGAAAGCUUUGGCGGCAGCACCCAGAGGCGAACGAGCAACGUGGCUUCUCCAUAUCCAAGUGGGUGAUCAGUUCAUCUCCCCCUUCGUUUGGGCCCUGGAGAAUGGUUCGGAGAACAUCUGUCGCGCCAUGCUGAAAGAUCUGCUGAUCAUCCGCGCCGACCGCGCCAAGUACUACUACGGGGCGGAGGAGUUGUUCCAACGGCAUCCAGACAUCGUGAAGCGAUUGACGGACCGCACCAGCGCCCUGCUGCGGACGCUGCUGGACGGCUUGGUUUGGCGCUCCUACAGGUACAUGCUGCAGGAUGAGAAGGGCAAAUUCUCCUCGGCCAUCAAGUGGAUCUCUGCAGCCGGUGAUCCAUCCAUUGUUUCACACCCGGUGGUGGACGUGAAUAUCGAGCUGCUGUGGGCUGGAGUGGUGCGCAGGCAGUUUAUCGUCUCACGCAUGUGGAACAUCGUGAACUUGUUGAUCUUUAUCUUCGGACAGGAGAUCAUGCCUGCGACCAUCCGCUUCUACGGCGGCUCCACGCAGCUGUAUAGUCUGACCUUCUUCUUUCGAAUGUUUAGCUACAUCGUGGGUAUGGGUCGCUUGCUCAUGCUCCAGCUUCAUCGUGUUUGGAUUUGGUCCAGAGACACCAUGAGACGCAUCAUCGCGGACAUCGACACCGAUGGCAAUGGUGAAAUCGACUGGGAAGAGAUGAAGGAGGCCCUCAGCCGCUUCAAAGACACGGUCAAGGGCGAGAUUCGCAAAGCCCUGAAGGUGCUGCGCAACGAUGAAGAUGUGGAAGAGAUGGACACCAGCAAGAAAGACUUGGCGAAUCAGGAGAAGAACACUUACAAUCGAAUCAGCUUUACGGUGAUGCUGAUGUUGGUCCUCAUGAUGUUUUUGGAGCCCAUGUUGCGCUGCGCCAAUUCUCCAGAUUGGCCCACAGAUCAGUGUCCCGAAGCAACGGCAGAGAUCUUCUACUGGUACUCAGUGUGUGGCAUGAUUGCCAUGAUCGUCCAUUGGCUGUUGCUGAUUGACAUGACGAUCUUCUCAACCCAACUGUCUCAUGGUUUGGACUUUGGAGAAGGCACGAUCAGCAUCCUAUGCGAUCGGCAAUGUGGGGAUGAUGGAGGUAAUUUCAAUGACAUGUGGAAUGCCAUUAUCUCACUCUUCUCCAUCACCGUUGGACUCUAUCAGGGUGACUUCAGAGAAAUCCAAGGUGAUCCCAUGUUGCUGACCAUGAUCUAUUUGUUCCUCCUGGUGUCAGUGGUGUUGCUGCUCAACUUGUUGAUUGCGCAGCUGAAUCAGACCUACGAAUAUAUCAACAAGGACGUCUUGGGCUUUGCCCGGCUGAACCGUGCCUCAUUGGUGGUGGAUGCCAUGGCGUCAUGUCCCAAGGCCAAAUGGAAGUCCUUCAUCACAGAACUUCGCUUAGAUGAGAAACGCGAGUUCGACGAGGGUGAUUUGGGUUUGGCAGGUUGCAUCCAGAGCCAUGAGCCGUCGGGUCUCACCCGCCAGAACGAGGAGCCCAUCAAACGCUACGGCGGCACCACCGCCUCGGAGGCGCCGUGGCCCGAGGAGCGGCAGAAGCGCACCAACGACGGGGCCGAGGACAAUCCAGAUGUGCGGUUGGCGCACAUCGAGUAUCUACUGGAGAAAGCCUUGCGUCGCAAGGGUCUGGAAGUUGGCACCGGAGGCGCCGGGGUUGGGCCCCAAAGAUCAAAAUGGUUGAAGCAUGUUGAACCAGGCCGGGCUUGGAUGAUGACCUAUAAGCACUUUGUGUGA